AUGGACGAUCGACGUAAUUUUCAUCUAGUCCAUGUUCAGUUUAAGACCCACUCUUUGGGAGACACUGUUGAGAUGCUCGAGCAUUAUGCUCAGGUCUUCCAAGGUCUCAGCCAUAAGGACUACGUCAUCGGUAUAUGUUACAGUAACGAAACGAUUACACGAUUAAACAGUAACAAUCUCGGUAAUUGUGGUGUGGAUAAAUCGCCAAUUAGUACAGUCUACGAGGGAAUUGGCAAAAUAGAAAUAUAUCCUUGGCUUGGAGUUCUCAUUUAUCCCUCAAGCGGUAAAAGAUACAUGACAUCUGUAGUGCUAGUGACGAGACAGAUAGUGAUCGCGUCUGCGAUGGACAUCGACAAAUUACCUAAACAAGAUUUCAGGGCCCGUUCAAGGGUAGUCCUCGGAUGCAACUGCUCCGACCCGGGUAUAAAGGUUAAGGACUACAGCUAUCACCCGGAUUACAACUCAAACACAUACAGCACAUUGGCUUUGAUACAAUUAGAAACUAAUUACUUAAUGACAUUUUUACAACCGAUUUGUGCACCGCCGACCGAACUCCACCGGCCGCGGUUCUACGCUAUGACAAUCGAUGAUUGUGAGCGCUCCACGAUAAAAAUACACAAAAUGGCGUACGUAGAUCCGGAACAAUGCAAAACAUUUUACAAGAGAUCCGAGUUGGAUAUUGAAAAAAUGUGGCCAACAUAUAGUCUGUGUGCGAAGGCAUUGAGAGGCGUCGAAUGUGUGUGGAGCAGCGGAGCCGCGCUGGUCUUGAGGCAGAAUAGUAAAUGGAGCUUGGUAGGAUUUGGAAUUUACGGUCCAGGUUGUAAAGCGCCUUCUAGAUUUUUGGAAUAUUCUCAAUACAGACCGUGGAUACGAAAUAGUAUAGCCAGGAUUGGUAGACCGACAGUUUCACGGAUAUCUACAAAUCAUAUAAUUUUAAGGAGAAGUCUUUCGAACGUUCAAAGAUAUGGUCCCUGUGACCCUGAAGAAACAAAGGCUGAACUAUUUCGCGAUCAAACGAAAAUUGAAAGAGGGCCAACUUAUAAGAAGCAGCGCGUGAGAUACAAUUUCACAAUUUUCUCCAACUUAGAAUAUUCCUGCGUAGUCUUCCGAGUGUACCAUUACAAAAGAGCAAAAUGGUUUAAGGACAAGCCGCAUAUUCGUCUCAAACGUUGGUGCCAAUCGUCAAAGCCAAUUUGUUAUUCGUUUCAAUACUUACAAAUAGACUUUGCAGUGGAGAUAUUCUUCAAGGAAUCGGUGGUAUACCAGGUUAUGGCGUAUGGCAGGGAAGUGAGACUCGUUGAUAUGAGGAAACUUAUGGCCCGAGUGAAUAAGAAAAAAUCGUACCCUCCAGUGGUCGUGGGAGCAGAUUAAUUGGUGCAUAUUUGGUGCACUUUGCAACCAAAACAGAUAAUUAAAAAUGUUGUACUUUUUAAAUUACCAUGGUCCAUUACACUGAUUUAUAUGUAAAACGAGAUGAUCCUUUCUCUUCGUAUCAUUUAUUAUUGAUCUAUUUGAGUUCCAGAUAUUUCGACACUGUUGCAAGGGCCGUGAUCACAAGUGUAAUAUUGUAUAGUGUUUCACAUAUGUGUUUACUUGUACUGUAUAACAUAUUAUAAGCAAUAAAUAAACAUAAAGUAACUAGCUGACCCCGCAAA